UUAAAAAAAAUUUGACAUAAAUUUCUAAAAGACAAAUUAGCUACCAAAUAUGAUCCUUUGCACUAGAAAAUUGUCUUCAAGACUUGGAGCUGCUCCCUUGCAAACCCAUCGAACUUUGACAAUGAAAUUGAGGAUGAACCAACAAUCUACAGAACAUAACGCUUCCGAAUCCAAUCAUCAAUCGCGCCUCGAUGAGUUUCAACAAGUUAUGCACAAAGACCAUAAUGGUGGUUGGGAGAUAUGCUGGGAGCAAGGUCUAACACCAUGGGAUUUAGGACAACCAACGCCUGUGAUUAGCCAUCUCUGUGCAACAGGAGCUCUUCCAAAUGGUCGUGUACUUGUGCCUGGAUGUGGAAGUGGCUAUGAUGUUGUGCGAAUGGCAUGCUCUGAACGCUAUGUUGUCGGAUUGGACAUAUCAGACAAUGCCAUACAAAAGGCAAGAGAGCUAUCUUCCUCUUCACCAAAUAGGAGAUACUUUACCUUCUUAAAGGAAGAUUUUUUCAGUUGGAGACCUAUGGAAUUGUUUGAUCUGAUUUUUGAUUAUACGUUUUUUUCUGCACUUGAACCUGUCAUGAGACAAGCUUGGGGACAACAGAUUCAGAGGCUAUUAAAACCAAAUGGAGAGCUUAUAACACUAAUGUUUCCAAUCGAUGACCAUGUUGGUGGACCACCUUACAGAGUUUCAGUUUCAGAUUAUGAGGACGUACUACAUCCAUUGGGCUUUAAGGCUGUACUGAUCAAGGAUAAUGAACUCGCCAUCCCACCUCGCAAGUAUAUUGUGACAGGGACGAGAGAUGAUUGGAAGGUGGAAGAGGAGUUUAGCUCAACCUUCACUUUAACAAGUUUUUUGCUGCAGUUUGGAUGUUGGUAUCAUACAUUUGAGAAGAAAUUGCAAAAGUGUAUGUCAGUGUCCAUGGAAUUUGGUUAAAUGUACCAUGGGACCUUAUCUUUGAGCAUGAUUUGCUUGUUAUAAGCUUGAUGCUCUAUUUUAAACAUCUAUGCCUUGAGCAUGAUUCAUUUGAAUUAAGCUUUGAUCGCCUAUUCUUGAAAUGAUAUGUCUAUAAGGGAAAAGAACUUAUUCUUCAUGAUUUUUAUCUAAAA